AUGGAGCAAGCAGGGAAACGGAUUAUGGCAAAGAUCGUUGACGAUGCAGCCGCAACAGACCCCGACAGGAAAUUUGCGAUCAUCCCGAACGGACCAGAGCUAUCCGAUGGACUGCAGACCGUCACAAUGAAACAGGCGUCGAACGCCACGAAUUUCUUUUGCAAUUGGAUUGAGAAGACGAUUGGGCCAGCGCAGAACCGCGAGACGUUGACUUACAUGGCGGCCAAUGACGUACGCUAUUGGUUCUUCAUUCUCGCAUGUCAGAAACUUGGCUAUCAGGCUUUCUUCCCGUCUAUAAGAAAUUCGAACGAAGCUCACGCCCACCUUCUAAAAGUCGUUGGAGUAACCAAGUUCUUCACCAGCGCAGAGCGUCGCGGUCGUGCUCUCGAGAUUCAAAGUUUUACCCCCGGCAUCGAAGUCUUCGAGGUCCCCUUCUUGAAGACCAUGCUCAAUGCCGAGGGCGACUUUGGCUCUUAUCCAUUCCCCAAGACAUUUGCCGAGGCCGAAGAUGACACGGUAUUGAUCAUCCAUAGCUCUGGAACGACUGGAAUGCCUAAGCCAGUGCAUCUAACGAACGGCUUCAUCGGUACGUGGGAUGCAAUCUCUCGAAUGGAAUGGCCUGCAGGCGGCGAGCCCGCUAUUUUCUUCCAGCUUGGCCAGAAGGAUCUCAUCCUGACCAUCACGCCAUUCUUCCAUAUUAUGGGGAUGCUUGGUCUGUUCUUCACCGUCUUCCAUGGGACAACGGCCUUGCUUGGCCCUGAAAAACCGUUAUCUGUGACCCUUUUGACCGAGCUCAUGAAAAUGGGUAAGCCCAAGACGGGGGUUUUCCCUCCGUCUGUGCUAGAAGACAUGAUUAAGAACGACAAGGCGGUUGCUUGUAUCAAACAGAUGCGUGCCAUCUACUUUGGAGGCGCUCCGCUGGCGUUAGAAACUGGAGAGCGGCUACGCAAGUACACCAAGAUGGUGCCUAUCAUCGGAUCCAGUGAGGCCGGCUGGCUUCAAGCAAUUGUACCCGAAAACCCAGACGACUGGCACUAUUUUAAAUGGCAUCCGCAAUCCGGGAUUGAUAUGCAACAAGUGGGCGAGAGUUUGUACGAGGCGGUCUUCAAGCGACAGGAGAACCGGGACUUCACCGGUAUCUUUCACACCUUCCCGAAGGUAGACACAUAUCGAACGAAAGAUCUCUUCACUCCGCAUCCCACGAACCCCGGUCUAUGGAAGUUCUACGGCCGAGGAGACGACGUGAUUGUCUUGAGCAACGGCGAGAAGUUCAACCCGGUCACGAUGGAGACAAUGAUUGAAAGUCAUCCGCUGGUCUCGAGGGCAGUAGUCGUCGGCCAAUCUCGAUUCCAGGCCGCUUUGCUGAUCGAGCCAAGGCCCGACAUGCCAGAGAUGGAUGUCAAGGCGUUCACCGACGAGAUCUGGCCAUCCGUGCAGGCGGCCAACCAGACCAUCGCCCAACACGGCCGGGUGAUGAAGAACCACAUCGGGCUUGGCUCGAAGAAUAAGCCUUUCAAGAGGACUCCGAAGGGCUCGACGCAGCGGCAAGCUACUAUUCGGGAGUACGAGAAGGAGAUUGAUGCCAUAUACGUUGCUGGUCUGAAGGAGGAAUUGGAGCACCAGCUUCCCGAAACCCUCGACCAAGCUACCGUUGGAGACUACCUCCGCCAAAUGAUUGCUCGCGUGUUGGAGAAAUCUGAAAUUUCCGUUGAUCAGAACUUCUAUACUGCCGGGCUCGACUCUCUCAUGACCAUCCAGAUCUCUAGGAUGCUGCAGAAGGGCAUUCAAAUGCGCUGGCCCGAUGUGAAAGCAGCACUUCUGACGCCACAGACGAUCUAUGGCAACCCGACCGUGGAGCAGUUGUCGCGGGUCGUUUGCGAAAUACUCGAAGGCAAGGCAAGGCAGACCAACAUCAACCGACAGGAGAAGAUUAAGGGUCUGAUAGAUAAGUACACGGCCGAUCUCCCCGUACGCGACCAGAACUUCCCGCAGAAUACAACGAAUGCGCCCUCCACCGUGAUUCUCACCGGAUCAACGGGCUCACUAGGGACAUACCUGCUCAACAGCCUUCUUGUCAACAAGUCCGUGACGAAGAUUUACUGCUUGAACCGAUCCGACGCGGAACAACGCCAGAAGAAAGGCCUCGAAGAGAAAGGACUGCACGUCGAUGAAAAUGGAUGGAAGAAGCUAGAUUUCCUACAGGUCACCUUUGGGGACCCGCGUUUCGGUCUCGACGAAGCCAAAUACCAAGAGCUACUGGAAUCAGUGGACACGAUCAUCCACAACGCCUGGAAAGUCGACUUCAAUCACACGGUCGAUUCCUUUGAAGAUACGCAUAUCCGCGGAGUUCGGCGCUUCGUCGACUUCAGCAUCCACAGCAAGCACAACGCGCAUCUUCACUUCGUGUCUUCUAUCAGUGCAGUCGGGGCAUGGACCUCGGCCAUGGGAUCGUCAGUACCAGAAGUACCGAUGGAAGACUACGCGGUGGCUCUCGCACAAGGCUACGGCGAGUCCAAACAUGUAGGUGAGCGCAUCUGCCUAGAAGCUUCUCGGCGAAGCCGCGUGGCGACGACGAUUUAUCGCGUGGGACAGAUCGCAGGGCCGACGUCCCCGAGCGGACAGUGGAAUCCGCACGAAUGGCUGCCCACGAUCAUCGCUACGUCGAAGGCGCUGGGUAAGGUCCCCAAUCGGCUGGGAUCGAUGGCAAUUGAUUGGAUCCCGGUGGACACCCUCUCUUCGAUCAUCAUGGAGCUCGUCAACACACGUCAUGCCAAUCGAUCCCUGGACCUUUGCUCUGCCUUCCAUGUAACGAACCCGUCCACGGCGCCGUGGUCCUCGCUGAUCCCGGCCAUCCAUGAGAAAUACACCCUGGAACUAGUCGAACUGGCCGAAUGGGUCGGCGAGCUAGAGAAGAUCGAGAAGCCUACUCCGGCGGAUGUAGCGCAGAAACCGGGACUCAAACUGCUGGACUUUUACAAGAGCCUGCUGAGCGAGAAUUCGCUGGUCGUGGCACUGGAGGUGAAGCGCACGCAAGAGGCCAGCGCCAUGAUGAGAACACUCGGGCCGAUCUCGUUGAAGGAAAUUGAAGAGCUAGAGGUGCAGCUCACGGAGAUCCGCAAGCGGGUGCGAGGGCUAGAGCAUCCCAACACUCUGACUGGCAUAGUCAACCCGGCAGCCGUCUGUCAAAAUCAGGGACGAUUGAAGGAAGUCGAAGGGCUAGCGAUGCAGAUCGUAGAGAUCCGCAAGCGGGUAUCUGGGCCAGAGCAUCCCGGCACUCUGGUUAGCAUAGGGAACCUUGCUCUCGUCUAUCAAAAUCAGGGACGGUGGAAGGAAGCUGAAGAGCUCGAGGUGCAGGUUGUGGAGAUCCGCAAGCGGGUGCUUGGGCCAGAGCAUCCCGACACUUUGCUUAGCAUAACCAAUCUGGCAGUCGUCUAUCAAAAUCAGGGACGAUGGAAGGAAGCUGAAGAGCUAGAGGUGCAGGUCUUGGAGACUCGCAAGCGGGUGCUUGGGCCAGAACAUCCCGACACUCUAAUCAGCAUGGCCAAUCUUGCUUUGGCGCGAGAUGAUGUGGAAGCAGACUCGAAGGAUGUCGAUGAUCAGACGCCACUAUCAUGGACAGCUGAUUCGGGAAAUGAAGCGGUAGUGAAGCUUCUACUAGGGGGAGCUAGGGAAGCCCAUGAAGAAGUCGUUGAACUGCUACUCGAGCGGGAUGCUGUAAAGGCGGACACGAAGGGAAAUGAUGAUUUGACACCGCUGGCAUAG